AUGGCUGAAUCGAGCAGCACCCCAGAAGAACAACAUGACGACAUUGAACAACCUACCGACGCUGAAGAGUUUGCGUCUGAUCAGACCGAGGAUGACGAAGACGAUUUGGACGAUGGUGCUGAAAGCGAAGACAGCGAGGAUGAGGAAGACAUGGAAGAAGAGCCGAAACUACGUUAUCGUCGCGUAGGCGCUGGUGUACGCGAUCUGUUAGAAAAGGACACUGCUUCAGCAUUGCGAGUCUCUGACAAGUUUGUGGCUAUGGGUACACAUUGGGGUGCAGUUCAUGUGCUUGACUUUGAAGGCAACAUCAUCAAGACUUUCCAGAAGCAUGCAGCAACUGUAAAUGAUAUCUCUAUUGAUCAUGCUGGUGAAUAUGUGGCAAGUGCCUCGGAUGAUGGCAAGGUUUUUAUUUAUGCACUAUACACGAAUGAGGUACAGCAUUACAACUAUCGACGACCUGUCAAAGCCGUGGCCCUCGACCCUGAAUAUGCACGACGAUCGACCAAACAAUUUGUAUCCGGUGGCAUGGCUGAACAAUUGAUCAUGAAUGAGAAAGGAUGGCUCGGCCAUAAGGAUCAAGUCCUUCAUGCAAAUGAAGGCCCUAUUUAUUCGAUCGUAUGGAAUGGCACGUUGAUUGCAUGGGCAAACGACACAGGCGUCAAGAUUUAUGAUACCAGCACACAUUCUCGCAUCACGUAUAUCGAACGUACGGCCGGUAGUCCACGUGCCGACCUUUACAAAUGCCGAAUGUGUUGGAAGAAUGAUAGCACCUUGCUGAUUGCUUGGGCGGAUACGGUCACCGUGGCUAUUGUUAAGGAACGACAACAAACACGCGACACUGCAUCAACAACAUCUUCAUCUUCUUCAAUGCCUCCUCGAUACGUUGAAAUCGCCACCAUGUUCCAGACCGAUUAUAUUGUGUGUGGUAUUGCACCUUUCCAAGAUACCCUUUUACUGCUUGCAUUCAUGAUUGAUGAAGAAGAGGCCGAUGUUGAUACCCAGGAUCCAGCGAUGCAACGAAAGAGAUUGGCCAUGCGUCCUGAGUUGCACAUUAUCAACGAGCUCAAUGAGGAAAUAUCAGCAGAUGUUCUUUCAAUGCAUGGUUACGAGCAUUACCAGGCCAACGAUUACAUGCUUGAAUUUCUCGAUGAGGAGGACAUGUUUUAUGUUUUGGGACCCAAGGACAUGAUUGCAGCUCGACCACGUGACAUGGAUGAUCAUAUUGAAUGGCUCAUGGAUCACGAACGUUAUGGUGAAGCGUUUGAAGCAGCACGCGAAGCUGAGGCACACUAUGGUGGAAGUCAUCGUUUCGACGUUGGUGAGAUUGGUCAGACGUAUCUCAAUUGGCUCAUUGAACACGAAGACUAUGAGGAGGCUGCAAAACAAUGUCGUCACGUGCUUGGCAAUGACAAGACUGCAUGGGAGGAUUGGGUGUUCAAGUUUACUGAAAUGGGUGAGCUUAAGGCUAUUGCACCUCAUCUUCCUAUGAAGGAUCCACAACUCAGCAGCACAAUCUACGAAGUCGUUCUAGCGUGGUUCCUCAAGAGUGAUCAUGCGGCAUUACGAGACACAAUACACAAAUGGCCAAGGUCCCUGUAUAGUCUCUCCAAUGUCAUUGUGGCUGUUGAGGAUUAUCUACCAAAGGAUAAGGACAAUGAAAUACUGAUAGAAUGUCUCGCGGACUUAUACACCUACAACAAUCAACCGGAUAAGGCAAUCGAGUACAAUCUCAGGCUACGACGACCCAAUGCAUUUGAACUCAUUCAAGAAUACAACAUGUUUGAUGCUGUCAAGGAUAAAGCGGUGCUAUUGAUGGAAUUCGAUCAGCAUUUACUUGAAAAACAAAACGCUGACAACGAUUCACCGUCGCCCAAGAAGCCUACAUCCAUGCCUGCUGUACAGAUGCUUGCCAAGAACACAGAUGCCAUUCCUCCCCCCAAAGUUGUUCAACAGCUUCGAUCACAUCGACAAUUCUUACACACGUACUUGGAUGCACUAUUUGACCGGGAUCGACACAUUGGCUACGAAUUCCACAACAUGCAAAUCGAGUUGUAUGCGGACUAUGAUUACCCCAAGCUCAUUGAGUUCUUACGUGCAAGUCAUUAUGUAUCACUGGAAAAGGCAUACAAAAUUUGCGAAGAAAAGGACCUGGUACCAGAAAUGGUGUUUAUUCUCGGACGAAUGGGUGAUAACAAACAAGCCUUGAUGCUUAUUAUUGAACGUCUUGAUGAUGUACAAAGAGCAAUCGACUUUGCAAAAGAGCAAAAAGAUGAUGAUCUUUGGGAGGAUCUAUUAACGUAUUCAAUGGACAAGCCAAACUUUAUAAGAGGAUUGCUUGAGAACGUGGGUACCGAUAUUGAGCCACUACGAUUGAUCAAACGAAUUCCCGAUCAGCUUGAGAUCCCUGGUCUUAAGGAUGCACUGCUCAAGAUUUUGCAAGAUUACAAUCUUCAGAUGUCUUUGCAUGAAGGAUGUGAGAAGAUUUUGGUUAGUGACAGCGUUCACCUUGCCGAUCGAAUGUACAAGACACAAAAGCGAGGCAUCAAUUGCCACCAGGAUAUGCUGUGCAGUGAAUGUGAUGAACCCGUUUUUGAUAAUACCAGCCUCGAUGAUUUCCCCAACACCAUCAUCUUUUUCUGUCGCCAUGCAUUCCACGAGCGAUGCUUGCUCGAUUGUGAUACUUCUGAUAAUGCAUCAUCAGCAACGGCCAUCCCCACCAAUACCAUCCACCCAGGCUCCCUUCACAGCAAAGUCAAUCAUGCCGCACUACUCAAAUCAACACGCGAUGUGGGAUGUCCUUUAUGUCGAGAACAGGCUGCAGGAGGCAAUGCAUUUGUUAAUCGUAUGAAGACACAGCGGCGUAAACCAAUGCCACCAGGAAGUGUUCGUAGUUUGGGUGUUGUUCAUUAA